AGCUAUAGCAUUCUAUUUUGUUCAAAUGUAAAAGAGACAUAAAAUUUGUAGUAAUUACACCUCACUUUAGAAGAACUCAUCAUUAUUUAGCACCAUUAAAGAUUUAAUGGUAUUUCAUCUUCAAUCUUGGCCAAACCCAGUUACCACUAUCCUGUUUGAGAAAUCUCAAUUUAGAUGAGAAUAUGGCUUAUUGUAAGACAUUUUUCAUCUUUUUCAACAUCCAAUCUCUCUUCUUCAAAACUCACUCAUCUUCUUCAAGUUUGCAGCAACUCAAGAGCAUUAGCUCAAGCCAAACAAACCCACCUGCAAGUUAUACAACAUGGAAUGCAUCAUGAACCUUAUGUUACCACCAAAUUGGUUCAAACAUAUGCUGAAUGUGAUCAUCUGGGGUAUGCCCGGAAACUGUUCGAUGAAUUGCCUGAACCAAAUGUUUUUGCUUGGACUGCUCUCCUUGCAUUUUACUCAAGAAAUGGACUUUUUAUCGAGUGUUUGCAGGUUUAUGGUGCAAUGAGAUUUAUGGGUGUGUUGCCUGACCAGUAUGUUUUUCCUAAGAUUUUGAGAGCAUGUGCUCAAUUGUCAACACUUAAAACAGGGGCAAUGGUUCAUAAAGAGGUUAUUGUAUGUGGAGUUGAGUUAAAUUUGCAGGUUUGUAGUUCUUUGAUUGACAUGUACUCGAAAUGUGGGGAGGUUGAUAAUGCUAGGCGGGUUUUCGAUAGCUUGGCCGUAAGAGAUUUGCUGUCUUGGAAUGCAAUGAUCUCUGGAUAUGUGGCUAAUGGGUUUCUAGAGUUGGCAUUGGAGUUAUAUGGGUCAAUGAGAGUGAAGGGUACUGAACCUGAUUUAGUCACAUUGAAUUCUGUAAUGGAUGCUUAUUGUCAAAUGGGUUUAUGUGAUGAAGCUCUCGAGGUUUUUGGGCAGAUUGCACGACCGAGUGUUGUGUCUUGGACAACAUUAAUGUCUGGCUAUUCAAGGAUUGGAAAUCAUGAGGCAUCCUUGGGCAUGUUUAGAGAUAUGGUGAAGUUUAUGGUUGAUAUACCUGAUUUAGAUUCUUUGUCUAGUGCAAUGGUAUCUUGUCGACAUUUAAGGGCUCUAAGAAAUGGUCAAGAAAUUCAUGUAUAUGGAUUAAAAACUCAUUCUCGUUCUCUAUUCUAUAAGUCCUGUGGACCUGCAUUGUUAACGAUGUACUCUAAGUGCAGUCGAGUUUAUGAUAUGAGAAAUGUGUUUGAGUUGAUGGACAAAUCUGACGUAGUCACUUGGAAUGCGAUGAUACUUGGCCUGGCUGAUCUUUCAAUGGGACAUUCAGCACUUGAAACCUUCAGUAUGAUGCAAAUUAUGGGCGUCAAGAAUGACCAGACCACGAUAUCAACAAUCUUGCCCAUUUGUGAUCUGAAGCCUGGCAAACAAAUUCAUGCCUACAUUCUUAGGAACAACUUAGGUUCAGUGGUUCCUGUUUUGAAUGCUUUGAUCAGCAUGUACUGUAAAUGCGGAUCUAUACAUUCUGCUAAACUAAUAUUCUCCAACAUGACCAUGAAAGAUUUAGUUACAUGGAACACGAUGAUUGGAGGGUUUGCAAUGCACGGAAAAGGAGAGGCUGCUCUUCAAAUGCUUAACGAAAUGAUAUCUUCCGGUCUUUCCCCUAACUCUGUAACCUUAACGUCAGUUCUGUCAGCUUGUAAUCACUCUGGUCUUAUUAAUGAAGGGCUUGAGGCCUUUUAUGGCAUGAGUAGAGACUUUGGCUUGGUUCCUAAAAUGGAGCAUUUUGCUUGUCUUGUUGAUAUGCUAGCUCGUGCUGGUCAGCUCAAUGAGGCCCUUGAUAUUGUCAUGAAAAUGCCAAUAAUGCCUGACAAGCAUAUAUGGGGGACUAUUUUAGCUGCUAGUCAAGUGCAGCAGAAUCUGGUGGUUGCUAUCUUGGCUGCGGAAAAUCUUGUUAGCUUAGAACCCGAAAAUGCUGGACAUUAUGUAACACUGUCGAAUAUAUACACAGAUGAUGGAAGGUGGGAUGAUGCAAUGAAGGUAAGAAGGUUGAUGGAAAGUAGAGGAUUGAUGAAAGCAAAAGGAAGUAGUUGGAUUGAAGGAGAAAACUGAGGAUAUAUUUUGCAGACAUAUUGAGUUUGUAAUUGUCACAAAAUAUGCUGUCACGUUUUCUCUGAGUUAUGCCAGCAAAAUUUGCAACAACAUUAGUUGAAGUGAAUACAGUAUAAAAUUUUCCAGGACACUUUUAACCGUUAUGUAGGCUAAUGCACUUUUUGUUUUUAUAUUUAUUUUUUUAAGAAUCUAGGCUAAUGCACUAAGUAGGACUGUAAUGUAGGAUAAGCAAGGCAUUAGUUGGGGGAGAACAAUAAAUGAUGAGAUAAUUAUUAAACGUUUAAUGACUCAUGUGUGAGGGUAGUUAAAAAACAUUAUUAAUUUUGUGUUGAGUGCAUAAACCUUAAGCUGUGUAGAGUAGAAACAAUUUUACGGUUUAUAGACUCACAAGCUUAACGUUCACCGUAAAUACUCCGAGCCACCAGACCAUGUAGUACCCCGAGCCACCGGACUAUAUAGUACUCACAAUCUUGACGUGCACCCUAAAUCAAUUUUUUUUUUAAUUAUAUUUUAAAUCUCACGGUAGAAAGCCUAAUUUUAACUCUCUUUAGUUGGGUUUUGUCAAAAUCCACUAAGCUCAAUUAUAUAAAUUUAACUAGGUUAGGUCCCGUGCCAUGCACGGUUAU